UACGCUGCAAUGCUUGCAGCAGUGUAGUUGUGUGCGGUAAUGCCCUAACGCGAUUCCUUGUCGCCUUGCUUCGGCUCUAUCGUUUAUAUGGCGUUGAAUGUCUGGACGGCUUAUGUUUGCUUUUAUCGACGCUUUUAAUCCACUUAUUGCCUGUUCUAUUUCUUGGUGGCAUAUCGUACAAAAAGUGACUGCUAUAGCUAAAUUAAUUACUGGAGGUUAAUGGAAAGUCACUUCAAGAGACCUCGUUCGCGAAAGCAUUAGAGAUUCUGAAUGACAUAUCGAUUGGAAGUAUGGUAGCCUUAAAGGUACAAGCAAAAGAUGGAUCCAAGGCUGAGAUGGAGACGACUUUCUCCGAAACAGGUUCUGCGAAUACAGUCUCACGUGCAGCGAGAAAAGCAAGCAACGACAAGUCAAGCAAGUGUGUUAUGAGAGAGAAAAUUAAUGUUUUUACAGACUAAGCUAGACAUCAGUUUUCUACGGUGUAAUUACUAUUUCUUAUCGUAUGAAAACAAGAUAAAGAACGAUCAAUUAGUUAUUAAAAUCAUCACGCACAAGUUUAGAUAAUGGUAUGCUUUGAAUUUACAAGUAAACCUCUUAGCUCCUCCCAUUAGCAUGUACACCUCAGGCUACGCCCUACACACUCUUUACCCCCUUUGCUUAGGUAUUUUAGCACUAUUCUUUUAAAUCUUAUGAUAUAAAUAUCCCUCGUAGACCUUUCUAUGCAUUUACCAUAUAUUCAUAUAUUAACUUUAGUUUAAGCUAUGUUUAGUUCUAGGAUUUUCCCUCGUAUUACUCUUUAAUAAGAUAUCACACUUAGCAAUUUACUAUUUCCAUUAGCCAAUCAGGACUCAGCGAUAAUAUCAUAUUGAUUGUAGACUGACACAUGUCAUGACUUUAUUAUAAAUAGAGCUCAUGUAAUUAGUUUAGUCAGAAGAAGAAGAAGAGAGUCAGAGAAAGUGGAAUAAAGAUCCCGUAGCUCGCACCGAGAGCUUUCGUCCCAUAACAAAUGGAACAUCAUCACCUGCAGAAGAACACAAACGAACAAAUAACCAAUGGUCAAGCUAUUUCAACCACUACUGUUGAUGUGAAAACUACGAAUGAACAUCCUGAAAAUAAGAUGGAAAGUAACAAAGCUAGUCCAUUAACGUCACCGAUCAGGAAAUGCCCUUUUACUGGUACCUUGCGUGAAACCUCCAAAACACCGAAGAUUAUCAAACUUAAAAACUGGGAAACAGGGAAAGAGACAAUCGAUACACUUCAUCAGAAGGCUAAGAUUCCAUUAAACUGCACCCCAGCAAGAUGUGAAGGAUCUUUAAUGAGGCCGUAUGGAGGAGAAGUGGCACCCCCAAGGGCUUAUGGGAUACCUAGACCUAAAGAGGAAGUGGCGAUACACGCUGAGGACUUUAUAGAACAGUAUUACACUUCAAUGAAAAUGUAA